AUGUCCAUCCUUGGUCUUCUUGACUCCCAGCAGCCUUUGAUACCAUCAACCAUGGUGACCUUCUGUAUCGUCUUUGACCUGAUGACUGAAAUGAUUUGUUCUGCUCACUUCCAUGCAAACUUUUCCUUGAACAUGAGCAGCGUGAGGGCAUUUCACAUGUUCCUUGCCUUCUGCCUUAUUCUACUCAACUUUGGAAGCCUGCAAUGCCUUGUUUUAAGACAAGGGGACGAAAGGCAUGAAAGACAACUGCAUCUGGCAUCUCCAGCCGGGAACAGCUUAGCAGACACAAAUGCAUCAAACCCAGAGGGUAACUUAAGCUCAUCCAUGAAUAUAGCCAGCGCUUCUGCUUCUGAAAGCCUUUAUGGAGCCUCAGUAGACCCAUCCAGGAAGUCAUUAAACAGAGCCACAACUGAAAAAACAACCUUACCAACCAUUCUGCAUGUUCCCAAUCCCUCGGAGUCCGCAGAUAUGAAUGCUUUUGCCAGCACAGGUCUGGAGAGUGCUGCAGAAAGCGAAAGGCAAAUCAGUCUCAAUGGGCCCAAUGUAAAACCGGAUAAAUAUGGGACACAGGAAGCUUUAUUUGCCAAUGUUGUGACAAUUCCAGAUCUUGUUGAAGACAAUACACUUAGCUCUGCAAAAGAAACAGUGGAAGGAGGUGGGGGAGAAGGAAAACUAGAAGGAGAUCAGUUUACACUACGCAGUCUGGAGGAAGCUACCCAUGUUGACCCUUCAGACAAUCCCCAGGUAACUAUCCCCAAAGUAAUAAGUAGUUUUCCCACUAUAACAUCAUCAAGAAGCCUUUCCAAAAAUCCAUUUCUUCCAACGAGCCCACCAGUUGAUUUAACAAAAGGAUCCGAUGGAAAUAGCUUCCCAACCAUUUGGAUGGGCACAGAUGCUGCUACAGAGCCCAGGUUGUUGCCUGCAGGUGCCUCCUUAAAUUUGGAAGGGGAACUCUCAGAGAACCAAGGGCCCUUGAAAGGCAUUUUAAGCACUACCACAAUGGCCACUGCAGGCUUGCUGUUAAGUGAUGAGUGGGACGAUACCAAAUUAGAGCCUUCCAGCCAAGCGAAAGCUAUGCAUCCUCUGAAGAUAAAUCAACCUUGGAUAGCACAACCAACAGGACAGGAGGACGAUGAUGUGAAAAAGGACCUGUCACCAAGAUUAUUGGUGACCACGGCAAAAGGAAGCAAAGAUAAUCAGAAUGGGUCAGGCCAGGUACCCAUGCAGGUAGAGGAAUUGGCCAAUACAAGCUUGAAUCUUGCUCAUACCAUCGAUCCCUCUGAGACGGUUGGAGCCCAGUCUGAAAAUCCAGGGGAAAAUGUAGAUCCAACAGUGAUCAUUAGGUCUGGAUUGCUUUCUGAGACUAUAACUACAACAGAUGCAACCAAAUCAGAUGUCUUCCAAACCUUAAGACAUCAAUUAAGAGGAACAGCCACAGCCUUCCCUGGUACUGCUACUGUGCCAUCCCCUGGGAUCUCAGGAGGCCUACCUACCCAGAAGAUUACAGAAUCACAAAAUGUGAUGAUGAAAGAAAUAGAAUUGGCAACUCAGAUAUCAGCGGUUUCCAGCACCCCCCAACUCUUGAGGAUAUUAGAAACAGUUGCUCCUACAGAAUCUCCUCCUUCCACCCAUCUCCCAGAGAAAAUGGUGGAAGUUAAAGAACCUGUCACUCUCCUAGAGAAUAAAGAGAUCAUCUCUGUUACCUAUAGUCCUGCAACGCUGGCUGACCUGAGGGUGCCAAAUGAAAUGACUCUGCCUUCUUUGGCAUCUUCUACAAGGCAAACCACAGUUCUAGCUGCCCACCGAAUGACCACAGCUUCAACUUAUGGGCUGGAAAGUCUGGAAUCAGAAGAGGUAGAGGAGGAGGAAGAGGAAGAGGAGGAGGAAGAAGAAGAGGAAGAGGAGGAUAUGGAUGAGGAUGAAGAAGAGAAUGAUGAUGACAGAGAACCCAGUUUAAUCGAUGAAAACUUAGAUGAUGCUGACCUCUCUAGUUUUACUGUUCCUGGGGAAACCUCACAAGAACCCUUGGAAGGUUUGGAAAAUCCUGCAGGAGAGCUCUCCGGAAUAUCCUAUCAUGUACCAAAUGCAAUUGAAUGGGAACAGCAGAACCAAGGGCUUGUGAGAAGCUGGAUGGAAAAACUGAAAGACAAGCCCUAUAAGGCAGGAUACAUGUCUGGAAUGCUGGUCCCGGUGGGUGUAGGCAUUGCUGGAGCCCUCUUCAUCCUGGGAGCACUUUAUAGCAUCAAGAUCAUGAACCGCCGUCGCAGAAAUGGUUUUAAAAGACAUAAGCGAAAGCAGAGAGAAUUCAACAGCAUGCAAGACCGGGUGAUGCUUUUAGCAGACAGCUCUGAAGAUGAAUUUUGAAUUGGGCUGCAAAGCUACAUCAUGUUUUCCAGUGACUUACUUUGUUUGCAAAGGGAGGUUUGCAAGUAAAAAAAAAAAGUCUUUCUGCUGCAUCCCAGCAGCCUGCCCCUGUUGUGCGUUCACAUGGCAGUGUUGCUUUACACAACCAGUCCCCAAAAGGAGAAACACACACAGCCAAACACAUCCCACUCACAGCAUGUUGCAGCCUCUUUUUUAAAAAAAACAACCCAUGCAUUAGUGCAACUUCAUUUCCAUUGCACUGCAUGUUCUUAAGGAUGAAACUAACAAUGACUCCACUAAGAGGGGGAGGGGGGACAAGACAGGCUGAAUGACAAUAAUGGUCCUAAGGUUUUAAUUUUCGUUUUGAUGCUAGCAAUCAAAAUGUCAUCCUUUUCCAUCUUGUCUUGGGGAGGAUGAUUUUUAACCCAAAUAAUGCCUGUCAAUCUCCCACUAGGGAGCCUCUUCUAAGAUGUGGAAUUUCCUGAGCUGAAGUUCAUGGUUUUGAAAAUAAUUGGCUCUGUUUAAUUAACAAAGGGGUCAUCUAGAAGCAGUCCACCUCAUAAACAGGAUAGUAACUAUGUAGGUAGAGUACAAUGAACAAGCACGUCAUGUAUAUAUAGUGUAUUAUGCUUAGGGCCAAGCUAGAUAGAUACAUAUCCAAGAGACCUGUGCUUUGUUUUUGUUCAUUGUGAAACAAAUGGGAGUGGAAGAACAGUAGGGAGGGGGUGGGAGAGUGCUUUCAUCAGCUCAGUGGGGGACCCAUAAAGAUCAAAGUACUAAGCAAUUGUCACAUAUGCAUGGCAUACUUCACAUGACUAUUUACUCAGCUCCCACAGAUAAAAACCUCUCUACUGUUCCCAAAGUGAUAUGGAAGUGGUCCGUGUACAUUUGAUCUGUGAGAGAUCAUUACUUGGUGCUGUAGUCAUCAAAUGAUGGCAAUGAACCAGUGGUAAAUGCAUGAUAGUGGUGCCCAAAUUCCUGAUACCUUGAGGCAAAGCACUUUUUGAUCUGGGUUAAAGUUUAGCGUACAUUUUUUUUAUGCACUCAGACAAACACCAAGAGCUCCGAGCAUGUUCUUUUGCAGCUGCUUGGGUAUUGAGCAACGUUAUCAGCCCUAUUUAUUUAUUUGGAAAAUUUAUAUAGCUGCGUGGAGUCACCUGUGAGCAAGUAGGUGGCAGUAUAAAUAUUCCAAAUAAAUAAAUAAAUAGGGCUGACAGUUCCGUAUACAUCUUUGCAUCCAUAAAGCACCCUGCCCCAUUUCACUUCCUUUUAAUUUAGCGAUUCCAGUGAAAGCUUGCAUUCUGUGGAACCACCUUCUAACAUUCUAUUAUUUUUUUUACAAAAAUAUCUCUAGAUUCAAUAGACAUUUCAUAUCUUUUCUUGGAAAAUAAACAUGGUGGCCACAUGUAGUUAUUUUUUUCUGCAAAAUGUAGGGGAAAAAAGGUCCAAUUGGGCACCACUUUUUGUGGAGCAUAAGAACUAUCCUCAUUGGCCAUGUCCACAGCAGAAGCUGUUUUGAAAAUAGGUGAGCCUUUAGAAACGAUUUCAAGGGAGCUCCCUCCAAGAUGUUCAAAAUUCCAAAUAUCAAACUAGCCAAUGCAUUACCUAACACAGUCUGAUUUACCGGAUUCUCUCCCAUUGAGUUAGACAAUCAUUCCCAUUUUUCCCAGUUAAUGGGGAUGAUGGAAAUAUUUCUAUACAAUAUGGAGAGAGUUAGAGGUGGGGAAGGCUGGACUGUUCAACUUCCUUGGGAAUAAAAAUGUGCUUCGAACUUCGAGCUUUUGCCACACCAGUUAAAUAAAUUAGUAAGAGCUCUUGUCUUGCUUUUCAUAAAAAGACAAGAGACAUUUAUUAAGCUAGACUUUCGGUUACUUCUCCCAAUUAUUAUCCACCUGGAGCCAUUACAACUGUUAGGGGUUUCAGGAAGAGGUCACACUCAAAAAUAUUGGCUAAAGCCAGAAAUUGGGAAUUUCUGUGGACCAAACAAACAAACGUUCUGGCCUUUUCUUUUUUUCAGAAGAAAGAGAGGAUGAAGUGAAAGCUAUAACAAGAAAUCUUUAGCUUUAUUAACAAUUAAGUGAUUACCGUUUCUGAUAUACUAUAACUUAAUUUUACCAAAAUGCUUUGCCUCUUUGGCUCACAUGUUUUAGGAAUCAUUGUCUCAUCAGUUUACCUGAUGGAAGUAUGUAUAAAUAUAUCCUCUGUGUAGGGUUUCAAUUUGGAGGAUAUGUUUUAUUUUGUUUAAUGACCCUCCUUAGGGUUAUGUGAAGGUGAGAAAAAAGGAGGGCAGUUCUGGUCAAUAACUUCAGAGUAGCAGUACACCACAAAGUAAAUAGUAAGUAAGCAGGAAAGAAGUACGAAAGCAGCUGAAAUGUGUCUAGUUACAGGCUUCUAGUCCAUGGAGAGCAAUUUGUUGUCUUAAGGAUAUUAAACAUUAUUUUUGUAGAACGAACACACACACACACACACACACACACACUAUAAAUAAGCAAUGUCUUAGUAAGAGUGGCUUCCUAGCAUAGCAUCCCAAGAUUGCAGACAAGAGGGCCCAAGACUUCCAGCCAAUUGUAAACAAAGCAAUAUGGCUGCAAGGAACAGCAAACUGGGAUCAUGGAUGGCCAAACCAGAAGCUCCCAAGACCAAAGACUUCCAAAAAGUGCUAGAAUGUGAUGUGUAGCACAUCAUAUGUUGGGUUGCCUUUUUUUGAUCUGGCAAGGGCUGAAGGCCAUGCAUGCACCCAGUGAUAGCGUGAAGUUGAGAUGACAGAGAUGACAAAGACGAUUCAGAAGCAACGGAAUGGACUGAGCUUCUCUAGAAUAAAGAUGAAAGAUCAUAUUUUGGAUGCUUCCAAUCCCCCCUCCCCCCAAUUCUAAUAAAACCAUAAAUUGGCUGAAUCAAAACUUUUAUCCCCAAUAUGUCAAGAAUGUCAAUAAAAUAAAAUAGAGAUACUCUUUCCCUCCUCCUCUCCAUGCCUGCCAGUUCAGCAGUAUGGAACAGCAAAGCCUGUUCUGUAUCUUCUAGUGCAUGUUCUCCUCCCACCCAGUGGCUCACUACAACAUAUUCAAAGCAGCCAGUCCAAGCAAAGCAAUCCUCCUGCUACCCCUUGCAAUUUCUCCAAUGGCUCUUCUUGCUGGAUUAGACAUGGCAGGCCCCAAAUAUCAUAGGCUAGAGCUGUGAUGGUGAACACAUGGCACACAUGCCACAGGUGGCACGCAGAGCCAUUUA